CAUGUUUCCAUCCAAAAUCAAGAUUCAUUUUAACAUUAGAGCUUUUGCGAUGCUGCAUGGAUGUGCUAUUUUAGUAUUUACUAUUUCAUUGAAUGGACACGUGUUUGCAAACACGUGUGAAGAUGAAAAAUGUACGACUGCGAUUGACAUACCUUUAAUCACAAAGUUAAACGCACCGUUGAAAGCGGAGUUAGACAUUUCAAUUUUAACAGAGCAAUUGAAGGAACUGAUAACAUACGAAGUAAAACAAGCUGUUUCUGUAGCAAUGAAGGACCUCGCUGAAGGUAUUGUGGACAAGAAAACUCAAUCUGCUCUGGAAAACUUACAAAUUGUUAAUAAUCAAACGAUAUCAACUUUCCUGAAGGAAAUUAAAGAUGUAACUGUCCGAAAAAGGGAUUUAAGUACAGUGGAGGAAAAGCUUGAGAGAGAUAUUAAACAAAUGAAGGAACAACAAAAACUCACAGAAUUAAAAUUGUCCAGUCUUAAAUCCGAUGUCACUAGAAGCACUGAAAGAGUUGUCAUGACAUCUUUUGUAUCAACCCUUUUAAGGUUAUCCGUUGGAAGUGUUGUGAAGUUUUCGGAUGUUAAAUUCAGUGAAGGAAUAGGUGAUUUAUCAACCUUUAAAAGCACAGGGAAGUUUACAUGCGAAAGAAGUGGUUUGUACAUUUUAUCUGUAACACUCGAGUUUAAUAUUAAUGGAAGUGCAUUUUAUAUUUACGUCAAUGGUAAAGUAUUCACAAAGAAUUAUAAACAUCAACAGAGCGGUUGGUGGCAUUCCUCUACAGCAGUUAUAGCGAUUGAACUUAACACGAAUGAUACUGUGUGGGUACAGGUUGGUGUUACGGCUACUAAUGUACGUGGUGGUUUAUAUUCACGUUUCACAAUUAUCAAAAUACACUAAACUGGAAAGUUGAUAUAGAAUGUCAAUGUUUCCUACUGAAAUUGUUUUAAGUAAUUGUUUCGUAUAUUGGUCUUUCCUUUGAAAAUGUAACUAAUUUAAAUAUCAUAUGCACAAAUUUAAAAUAGUUUUGAUAAAUAAAUUCUGCCAAAAUAAUAUUUAACAAAAUGACAAAGAUUAUAUUAAGUACACAAUAGCUUUUGUAACAACGUGUUACUGAAUUUUAUAUCAUUGUACAUGUUGUAUAUUGUCCAGUUGUAACUAUAUCUUUCUUAAUGACGAUAACAGAUCAUUGAUAGUCUUUGUUUGUUUUAUUGAUAUUUGUAAUUAGACGUCUUAAUGACGAUAACAUAUCAUUGAUUGUCUCUGUUUGUUUUAUUGAUAUUUGUAAUUAGACGUCUUAAUGACGAUAACAGAUCAUUGAUUGUUUUUGUUUGUUUUAUUGAUAUUUGUAAUUAGACGUCUUCAUGUCGAUAACAGAUCAUUGAUUGUUUUUGUUUGUUUUAUUGAUAUUUGUAAUUAGACGUCUUAAUGUCGAUAACAGACCAUUGAUUGGCUUUGUUUGUUUUAUUGAUAUUUGUAAUGAGACGUCUUAAUGUCGAUAACAGAUCAUUGAUUGUUUUUGUUUGUUUUAUUGAUAUUUGUAAUAAGACGUCUUAAUGACGAUAACAGACCAUUGAUUGUCUUUGUUUGUUUUAUUGAUAUUUGUAAUGAGACGUCUUAAUGUCGAUAACAGACCAUUGAUUGUCUUUGUUUGUUUUAUUGAUAUUUGUAAUGAGACGUCUUAAUGUCGAUAACAGAUCAUUGAUUGUAUUUGUUUGUUUUAUUGAUAUUUGUAAUGAGACGUCUUAAUGACGAUAACAGACCAUUGAUUGUCUUUGUUUGUUUUAUUGAUAUUUGUAAUGAGACGUCUUAAUGUCGAUAUCAGAUCAGUGAUUGGCUUUGUUUGUUUUAUUGAUAUUUGUAAUAAGACGUCUUCAUUUCGAUGACUGAUCAUUGCUUGUCUUUGUUUGUUUAAUUGAUAUUUGUAAUUAGACGCAAUUCUAACCU